AUUUUUAAGUUACAUGAUUGUGAUUCUGUGCAGAAACAUAUACAUCACAAACUAGUUGAAGAAAGCAGAGGCUUUAUUCAUAAUCGUAUGAACUUGCUACAGAGGUUCUUGUUCGUUUCCCAACUUGUUGUCUAUUCGCCAUGCUCGCCACUUCAUCUUACAGUAUCGCUCAGAUUUUCGACUCUAUAAAUUUCACGGUUUUGCUGUUUGAAUUAUCUACUCAUGGAAUCUUGUGGACUUCAGGCUCAAAAAUUUUCUCACAAGCUCACCCACAUGGACACUUUGUCCGACGAAAUGAUGAUUCCUCGUUCUUUCUGUUCUAAAUAUGCUCAUGACCUACAUGAGGAUAUGGAAUUGAAGCUUCGAAAUGGUUAUGUUCUUCCAGUUAAAUUUGACCACAGUAGAGGUGUUUUUAAGGGUCUUCUAUGUUUUUUUAAGCAUUUUAAGCUGAAUGGUGGUGAAUUGCUAGUGUUCGAGUACUUUGGCAGAUAUAACAUCAAUGUCUACAUUCUGGGUAGUAACUUAUCUGAAAUCAAAUACCCGGAUUUUAAGUUUAAUAUGCCAGAAUCUCCACCUCGAUUAGUCACUCUUGGCGAUGGAGGGUGGAGGUUUGUUUGGUUUAAUUCUGGCAGACAAACAACUAUAAAUGAAAUUCAACCUCCAGAGGCAUUCUUGGACCGUUGUGAAUUUUCUUUCCGUGAACCUAUGAAAUAUGUUAUUAGCAAUGGGAAGAAGUUUGGUUGUUCAUAUUGUCCUUCAUCUAGGAAGUUCAUAGGAUUGGAUUGUGUUUGUGAAAUGUUAAAAAAUACUGGAACCAAGGAAAUUCAUAUGCUGCUGUUUAAGUAUGAUGUUGAUUCUGUUAUAACAAUCUCGGCUUUUGACAAAGAACUUUGUGAGAUUGUUUAUCCUGGAACUCCACUUUCUAUUGUAGAAGCCGGUGGGGAUCAUCCAUCAAUAGGUUUCCAGUUUGAAAUUCAUGUUGAAGAAAUACACAUGUCUCCCGAAUGUUACGUUGUUUAUAUUUCUCCUCUAUUUAAGAAGCUCUGCAGCAUGUGGGACACCAUUCAAUCUAUAUAUGUGUAUUCUGGAAAUGGUUCUUGGAAGCUAGAUAUUUGCCGGAGGGAUGACUAUUAUCGUUCUACAAUAGAAGAUGGAUGGCAGCAGCUUAGAGAUGGUUUGGCCUUGGAAGUAGGGGACAUUUGUAUUUUUGAAUGUCCAGUUGAUUCUCUUGAUCGUUUUAAUGUUCGAGUGGUGAAGAAGCAGUAAUCUGGGAUCUUUAAGUUUAAUGUUAUUGUCCUCUGUUUAGGAAAUUUUUAUGUUGUCUUUUGCUGGAUUGGCUUGACAAUUUAUUUGAAUUAAUGUUUGUAAUGGUGGAUGGUGCUUGAUUAAAUACUGAUGUAAUAUGUCUGAAGUUGUGGUCUGAACAAAUUUGCUAUUUUUGAA